UCCGCAUCAUGUCGAGAGCUCCUCCUUCCCCACACCCACAGCCGCCGCAGAUGGAGGUCGAUCCCUCGGGCUGUAGCAGCGACGAGGAGUCUGAUCGGAUCAGACAACUCAUUCCGUUUGAGUCGCCGCCACGAGAGCUUUAUUGGCAGAUGCAAUUCCUUGGGUACAUGCCUCCGAGCCCGCGGAUGAUGCCGCGUUCUCCUCCAUCACAACCUGAGCCAGGCCCGAUGGAUAUCGACCCCCCCGCCGGCGGUGGCGACGUGCCAUGGAGUGAAAUGCAACUUUCACUCCCGUCACCGCCACCUAUGUCUGGUCCCUGUCGCCCGUGGUCUUCGCUAGAGUUUUCUGAGUACCGCAAUCCUUGUAGCCCACAGACGCAGUGGCCGGUCUGGUCAGUGACUCUCUGGAAUUUUGACGAGACAACAUCUCCUCAACAGAUGGACCCCUGCUCCACACAGAUCGAUCAUGCCGCUGCGGCACCAGUGAGGAGGUCCAUCAGAGUGUCAGUGGUAUGGCAGCACUUCAGAAAGGACAACGAUGGAGGGGCGGCAUAUUGCAACUAUUGCAGCCAAGGCUUAUUUGCUCAUCGAAAGAUACAUGAUGGCACUUCUCAUCUAUGGAGACAUCUUUGGACCCACCAUUGUUUGGAGGAGAAACUGGACAUCGGAGUAGAAGGCAUAUAUUCUGCUGCAUCGAAGAUAGUCGGUAAUAUUCUUGGGACUGAGAAUGAAGAGGCAAAGGAAACAGAUGCCCAACAGUCAGGAAGUAGGCAUCUUGAAUCGCCUUUGGAGCUUGACAGAAGAACAAUGCCUCCUAAAAGGACGCGAAAACCUGCAGCAAGUAUAGAUGGUGUUGAACACAAAUUUUCUGGAGAGACAACCGAAAUGCUGGAUACCUGGCCUACAAUGCUGAAUAUGCCCAUGGACUGGAAUGGCCAGACCACUGGAAGAAGGCAUCCCAUGGUACAACUGGAAAAUAAAAAGGCCGCGGCAAGCAUAGAUGUUGUUCAACACGGUUUUUCUCAAGUGCCGGCCAUUGCAGAAACAUCAAGAGGGAAAUCACAAGUAUGCAUAGAUGCUCUUCCACACGGUUUCUCUCAAGAGCCGACCAACGCAGCAAGGUCAAAAAGAGAAUCAAAAGUAUGGCAGCACUUCAGAGUGGAUAAGGACAGAGUGCGGGCGUAUUGCAUCCACUGCACCCAAGAUUUGGCAGCUGACUCCAGAAAUGGCACUUCUCACCUGGCGAGACAUCUUACUGCUGUCCAUGGUUUUAAGAAACAGGCCGAUGGACACUUCUGCAAAGAUGUUGCUGCAUCAACGGUAGUCCGAACUAAUACUCUUGUGACUGGGAAUGAAGAGCCGAAGGAAACAGAUGCCCAAAACUCAGCAACUAAGAGGCAUCUUGAAUCGUCUUUGGCGCUUGCUCCUAAAAGGAUGCGAAAACCUGCAGCAAGUAUAGAUGAUGCUGAAGCUCAACACUGUUUUUCUGGGGACGGGACUAGUAUAGCAAAAUCAAGAGGAAGAUCAGAAGUAUGGCAGCACUUCAGAGAGGAUAAGGAUGGAGGACGGGCUUAUUGCAACCAUUGCAGCAACAACUAUGCAGCUGCCACGGAAAUAGGCACUUCUCGCCUGUGGAGGCAUCUCGAGAAAGACCACAACAUAUUCCCAAAAAGCAGAGCCUCGUCCUCUAAAGACGGGAACUAACAAGUAUGUAAGAAGAGAAUCUCCUUGAGUAUAUUGUGUGCUAUUCAAUCACUUUCAGCAACCGAAUUUCUAACACCUGUAAUGCAUAGGGCAUUCCAACACUGUAAUUUUUCUCAAAAUCAAUCUGAGCCUUCUUCUACUUUAAAACAUGAGAGAACAGAAGGUUGUCAAGAGUUGUAAUAAAUUACUUUAUCAAUCACUACUGCAAACUUUAUUUUCCAA